GCUAAGAGCUCUGCGUUCAUUUGUAAUGUCAACAUAAGUAAACAAAUAUUUUAUCGUGCUGAUAUUUCAUUUAAUACAAAACUUAGAAAUAUAACGUAUUAAAAUGAUAACAUUAAUAAAAACAAUUUCCCCACUAUGUAGCUUUAGAAUAACUCGUGUAUUAUAUUCCACAACAACUAUUCCGAAAGAGCACAAAACAAAAGUUGGCAAAUAUGAAAUCAAUUAUGUUAAAGUAGGUAAUGGGAAUCAUAAUGUGCUGUGUGCACCGGGAGCUUUAGGCACCAUUUGGUCGGAAUUCAACCAUCAAAUAGAGGGGUUCAACAGGGACAAGUUCAGUUUAAUAGUCUGGGACCCCCCUGGUUAUGGCAAAAGUUAUCCUCCGGAGAAGAACUUCUCUGUAGACUUCUUGGAAAAAGAUGCAGAUAUGGCAUACGAGUUGAUGAAGGUAUUACAAAUACCGAAGUUCUCACUGCUGGGUUUCAGUGACGGCGGCAUAACAAGUCUGAUACUAGCUGCCAAAUAUCCGGAUGCUGUCAACAAACUGGUUGUUUGGGGGGCAAACUCCUUUAUACUGCCUGCUGAGCUUGAAGCAUAUAAAAAAAUAAAAGACGUCAACAAAUGGUCCAAAAGACUAGUGGAGCCAAUGAUUGAAAUAUACGGCAAAGAGAGGUUUGCCAAAUAUUGGGCGAACUGGGUAGACGCUAUGGACGCGAUAUACCAAGCCAACAACGGCGACAUUUGCUCACACCAGCUGAAGAACAUAAAGUGUCCCACUUACAUACUGUAUGGGGAGAAGGACCCGAUGGUUGAUCAAGUCCAUGUAUCCCAUUUACACACGCAUAUAGAAGGAUCAAGGAUACAUCUCUACCCGGAAGGCAAGCAUCAUAUACAUUUGAAAUACGCGGAGGAUUUCAAUAAGAGAGUGCAAGAGUUUCUACUACAACAAUAAAAAACUAUUAAAACCUU